AUGCUCGAUUCUUCCAAAGGCCUCGCAGAACUGACGAAAUCCAAAAAGAACCCUACCGUACAGUUUAUUCACGAGUCUGUCCGUGAUUUCCUUCGGGAUGAGGGCCUCAGCAAUCUCGAAUUUGGCAGCAUUGCCCCAGGACCCAGCCAUGACGUCUUGAAAGCAUGCUGUUUGAACUACGUGAAUAUUGAUUUGUCGUCGCGUCUACCCCAUUCCCAAGAUCUUCCACAAGCCAAAACCCACGAGGCGAGCCGUCUUGUGGAAGCUAUAUCUCGGAGUUACCCGUUCCUUGAGUAUGCUGUGCAGAACGUGUUCCACCACGCAAACAUUGCAGCUGAGCAUGGGAUAUUGCAGGAACCGUUUUUAGCAGAGUUUCCAACUGGGACCUGGAUCCUGAAGAAUAAUGUAUUUGAGAAACAUCAAGUACGCCGGUACAGUUCAUCUGCGGAUAGAGUGUACAUCUUGGCGGAGCACAAUUGGUCAAAGCUCCUUACGACGGAGUGCUCUAUGGGAUCUCCAAUAGUCGACUCGGGUCAACGAUACGGGCAUCCUUUAUAUGCCGCUCUUAUCGGCGGGGGCGAUGAAGCAGCAUUUGUCCUUUUGACGCUCGACACAUCUUUGAGAAGCGACUUGGAUCAGAAACAAGUCAAGGGUGUACCCCUCCUCUCGUUCGCGACGAAAAACGGCUUUUUAGCCACUGUUAAGCUACUUCUCGAGCUCGGCGCCAGCGUGGACUACAAAGAUGAGGACGACAAAACGCCACUUUGCCAUGCGGCAGAAUCAGGCCACGAAGGAAUCGUAAAGAUACUGCUGGAACACAAGGCCGAAACAGAUUUAUCGGAUAAGGACAAACGAACACCAUUAUCUCACGCAUCAACACCUGAAGUUAUUAGGCUCUUGCUUAAAUCAGGCGCAGAUCCAGAAUCGCGAGAUUCUCUGGGACAAACCCCACUUUUCCAUGCCGUUUUGUCACUCUCUAUACCGAGAAUUGAUCUCCUGCUUGACAGUGGCGCGGCUCUGGAAUCAAGGGAUGAUCGUGGGAGAACUGCACUUUCCUGUGCUGCCGAACGGCACCUUGGCGAAGAAACGAUCAAGGUCCUGCUUGACCGAGGCGCAGAUAAAGAAUCCAGGGACUAUAAAGGGCGAACCCCACUAUCUGUCGCUGUUGGUAGAACUCCGCUGUCCCAUGGUGUCCAACACUUGGGGCACGGUACAGUAAAAUUACUUCUUGACCGAGGUACCGAUAUAGAAUCAACGGAUAAAUCGGGGAAAACUCCACUAUUCUAUGCGUCUGGAAACCGAUAUUGGACUAUACCUUUCUGGUUAUUGCUUGAUCGAGGUGCAAAUGUGGGAUCGAGAGAUUGUUCUGGGGGUACUGUUCUCCACAUGGCAUCACGAUACAUAGGCAACGAAGACCUUCUUCUGGAACUGGUGAAGAUCGGCGCUGAUUUUGAAGCAAGAGACAACGAUGGGCGCAGACCAAUUGACAUUGCAAGGCCUACUAAUUUCGAACGUGUAAUUGCAGCUUUCGAAAGAGCUGGAGCGAAGUAA